AUGAUGCGGACCAAAGAACUCUUUCAAGACAUACAAAGGAUAUUCUACCCUGUUCUCGCUGCUGUUGGUAUCCCUGUCAACAUAAUGGUGAUAGUGAUCCUGAAUCAGAGAAAGUGUGGUCUCUCCAGGUGUGUCACUCGCUACAUGGUCGCCAUGGCAGCGGCAGAUCUACUCGUCAUUGUCUUCGACCUCACAUUAAGACACAUUCCAAUUCUCUAUCCGAACCAGUUCCGUUUUGUGUUGCUUCUUCCCGUAUGUAACAUACAUUCUGUGUUCCUUUAUGCAGCCACAGACUUCUCUGUGUGGUUCACCGUCACUUUCACAUUUGAUCGAUUUGUUGCAAUCUGUUCCCAAAAGCUGAAAACUACAUAUUGCACCGAGAGAACGGCGGCUGUGGUUCUCGUAACGUUGACGGCGUUCCUCUGCUUGAAGGACACUACUUGGUACUUCAUACAUAUGAAAACGUACAGUAUGGCAAAUAUCCCCACAUUUUGUGGUGUGGAAAGGAGUGUCAGUGUUUCACAUGUGUGGGGAACAAUCGAGGUUCUUCAUUACGCCCUCAACCCCUGUGUCCCAUUUGUGCUCAUUCUGCUGCUGAACGUAUUAACUGUCAGAAACAUUGUAGUCGUCAGCAGAGCCCGCGAGCGACUCCGUAGUCACGUCGCUGCAGAAAGUUUAAAAGACCCGGAGAUGGAGAGCCGAAGGAAAUCGAUCAUCUUACUGUUCUUUAUCUCCGGAAAUUUCAUCGUUUUAUGGGCGCUCUUCACGAUUACUUUAAUUUCCGAUCGAAUCUGGUGGCUGGAUUAUAAAAUUAAUAAUCCAUCUGUACCUGCACGAGAAAUUGGAUUCAUGCUCCAGCUCCUGAGCUGCUGCACAAACACGGUUAUUUAUGCAGUGACACAGACUAAGUUCAGAGAACUGCUGAAGAACAUGAUAAAAUACCCGUUUUCUCGAAUUGUUGAAAUUAUUCAAUUUAAAGAAAUUCGGAAAGCAUUUUAG